CUCUGCAACUCCCCUGUCCUCUUUCCCUAUCUCUGCUUCAACCCCCAGACCCUUACCAUCUCCCCUUCUUACUCACACUCAACUGCACACCUCACACUCACACACACAGGACUACCAUUCCCGGACCAGUCACCAUGGCCGACAAGAAGGGUGCUGCUGCCAGCAGCAAACUGGUGGUGAGGAAGAAAGAGAGGACGACAAAGACAGCGGUGACCGUGGAGGUCAAGAAAGAGGUGAAGACGGAGAUGAAGAGGGAGGUGAAGAGGGAGGUGAAGACGAGUUUAGUGAAGAAGGAGGAGAAGGUCCUGGCAGUGGGGGAGAAAGUGGAGGGGAACGGAGAGGUCCCAAUGGAAGAGGGAGCCACAGCUAAUGAAGACGUAGCUAAUGGGGAAGCGACGGCGGCUAAAGCUAACGGAGCAAAUGUGGAGUACGAACCCAUUGAGCUGCCCCCUUGGGAGAUCAUCGAAGGGGACCGCAUCGACCCGUUCCAAUUUAAGUUCCAGUUCAAGAAUGUGGAGUACUCGUCAGGUCGUAACAAGACGUUCCUGUGUUACCUGGUGGACAAGGGGAAGGCUGAUGACGGUCUGAUGAGAGGUUACCUGGAGGAUGAACACUCAGGAGCCCACGCUGAGCAGGCCUUCUUCCUCCAGACUCUCCCAGACUACGACCCUGCUGUCAAAUACACUGUCACCUGGUACAUGUCGUCCAGUCCCUGUGCGGUCUGUGCGGCUAAGAUCGCAGAGGUCCUUCAGGCCAGGAAGAGCAUCAAGAUGACCCUCUUCUCAGCCCGGCUGUUUGAGUGGGAGGAACAAGACAUCCAGGCGGGUCUGAAUGCUCUGUCUCAAGCGGGGUGCAAGCUGAGGAUGAUGAAACCAAUGGACUUCACCUACGUCUGGGACACUUUUGUGGAGAAUGAUGACCUAACGUUCACCCCCUGGGAGGACUGCCAGGACAACUACGAGUACUACCACGAGAAACUGGCAGACAUCAUGCAGUGAUCACAGAAUGCUGUUGGCCCAGAAUUCGCACAUCACCUGCCACCUCCACUAUCACAGCAUCCUCAGUGAUGUGUACAGGACUCAACCAAUCAUAGAGCAGUUUGUGUGUUUGCGCAUGUGCGUCAAGCCAUCCUGCUGGAUAUGCCUUUAUGAAGCCAGUUCCAGACCUCUCUGUCCCAGCUUCCACUCUCUAUUCUGGGGUUCCUCACAGGACACAUGGAUAUGUGGAUCAAUACUCAACAUCAAGAUAAAGGCUUUGCAAUGAUGUCCUAUUGGUUAUAAUUCAAGUAUAAAUUAUUAUUUUAUUACAAUUGAAGUUAUAAUAAUUAAUCCUUCUCCUUCUGUCCUGAAAGGACGUUUCAUAUCUGCACUAAUGUUGCCUCUGUCAUUCAGGGGACUAGAAUGAUAUUCUAUUCAUGAAUAUUCAUAUAGAUAUUGUGAAUAACAGUACCCCAAACUGUUAAGUUCUAGAGAAUUAACAGCUAUGUUUGUUAUUGUUAUUAGGAGUAAUUAAACAUUUGUGAGUUAUGAUGAGAUACGUUCAAUAUCUUUGUUUUACACGUCUUGUCGUGGCAAAAAAACAUUAAUGUUACUUGAUGGUGUUCGUUUUAAAAUAGUGAUUGAAUGAUCCAACAUUUCUUACAGAAAGAAUGAGUAACGAUUGUAGCGACGCAUGAGCACACUAUUUCAACUUCAAGAUUAUAUAGAUCUGUAUGUAGAAAUUGAAGCAAAGUAUAUUAUUUAUACACAGUGAAAAUAAAGAAGUGUGGAGUUUUAAAA